GUCACGCAAAUGGCGGACAUUGUAAACAGGAAGUUGUAUCAGAGCAGAGACCGAGAGGAAAAGACUGUGUAGAGCCGAGCACCAUGGAGCAGGAGAGGCCGGACAGUCUGGAAGGAUGGGUGGCGGUGAAAAGGGACGUGUUUGCGGACACGGAGGCCUUUAAGCUGGGCUUCAUAGUCCAGUGGAACUGUAUCGAGUGUAAAUUUGCGGUGACCUGCCAUAACCGGACCUUACAGCGGCAGAGACGGCGGGCUGAGGUGUCCUCCUCCGCAGCGGACCCUCAGGUGAGCUGGGCCCGGGCUGAGGUGAGCUGGGCCCGGCUCUUCUCCGUAUCGGAGCUCAGACACAUCCACCGGCACUUCACCGGGGUGGCGGACACGCUGGGGACCUGCUUUCCGGACUUGUCAGAGUUUGAGGACCGGAAUAUAUGGGACCUGCUCCUGUUGAACCGGAGGUCCGGUUCCGAGGCCGAGGAGCGGGACUUGGAGUCCCCGUGUCGGAACCUGGAGCAGUACUUGGGCGCCGCCAUCGACCUGUGCGGACACCGGAUAGUCCUGGACACGUUAUUCGGAGCGGAGGAGCAGGACGGAGACGAAAACUACUACGAAAAUCUGCAGGAGCUGAAGAAGAAGAGCAUGGAGGAGGAGCUGAGCAGGGCCAAGGGGCACCUGAAGAAGAUGCUGCAGAGUCACGGUGGAGCCGACAGGAUGGUGGCCCUGCUCCUCAUCUACCAGGAGGAGGACCAGACCUACCAGGACCUGGUGACGGUGGCCACGUCCUUCUUCCACUACCUCCUACAGCCCUUCAGAGACAUGAGGGAGCUGGCCGGCCUCUAUAAGAUGGAGAUCCAGAAGACUUUGGAGGUGGAGGACUUGGGUCCGAAGAGGAUCUCGGCUCUGGAGAAGGAGGCGGAGGAGUGGAGGAGCAAAGAGGACGAUGCUGUGUCCUCCAUCCAGGACAUCACUGUCACAUACUUCAGCCAGACAUCCAAGGCCCUGGCAGGCAUGUUGAAGCAGAUGCAGGUGGAUCAGACUCGUUUUGGUGCUGCUGCCUGGUCCUCUGCUGCUCCCAGAAUGGACAAACUGCGCUUCCUGUUGGCCAAAGAAUCCUUACAGCACAUGAGAGCCACUGAGAUGUGCCUGAACCGCAAGAAACACAGCAUCAGACAACGGCUGUGCAGUCUGUCCACCAGAGUCCAGACCCAAAGGACUGAUUCUAGGUCAGCGCCUGACGACACCGUGGACCGGCUGGAGCUGCAGUUCUACGAAACCCAACUAGAGCUGUUCGACACCAGGCUGGAGAUCCUGAAGAACGAGGAGCAGCUCCUGGUGGCUCAGGUCCUGAGUGUGCAGAGGCAGAUUAAAGAGCUGAAGGAGGAGGUGGUCUACUAUGAUGUGUGUGAGGACCCAGAGGAGCUCCACAGCCUGGUCCACACAAAUGUCCACCACCCUGAAGGUGGCCACCAACCUGAAGGUGUCCACCACGCUGCGGCUGUCCACCAGCUCCAAAGACACCUGCAGAUGUUGGAGACCAAGAGAGGCAACAUCUGUGCCCGACGAGCCAUCAUCCGCAACAGGAAGGAUCAGUGUGUGGAGGCCCAUGAGCACAAACAGUCGGCAUUCAAGCAGAGCACCGUCACCUACAGCCAGCACCACCAGGUCCAACUGAAGCGAGAGAAGAAGAAGGAGGAGGAGGAGAAGAGGAAGGAAUGGGUGGAGCAGGAGAGAGAGAAGACUCUGAGCAGGUUACGCUCCUUCAGAACCAGUCGACAAGGUCAGUACAUCCUGAGGACGGCUCGGUCCAGGACCCCCCCCCUGGAGGAGCAGCCCCUGUCCAUCAUCAGCCUGGACCCAUCUGAAGCCCCUCCCCCUGUCCGUCCUGUACCCAGAACCAAAAAGACACCCAGGAAACCACCGCCGCCGCCUAAAGACAUCCCAGUUCAGAUCUUCAGUGGACCGCCUCCUCCAGCAGCUCCGACCUGCCCCACAGUGGCCCCUCCACCCCCACCCCCCCCUCCGCCUCCACCCCCGCCUCCACCCCCGCCUCCAUCUGAAGACACACCCAAACCUCUGAGUGAAAAACAAGAGUUUCCAGCCAAGAACACACUCAAACAGAACACAGGGUCCAUGGAUGAGGUGUUGGCGUCCCUGCAGCGGGGGCAGAUCCAGCUCAGAAAGGCCCCGCCCCCUAACCUAGUGCCCCCUGCUGAGGACCCUCGGACCCACCUGAUGUGGUCCAUCCGACAGGGGGUGACUCUGAGGAAGGUGGGUCCUCCUGGAGUCCAGACCAGCGCAGACAGCGAGCUGGAGCGGAGCAUCAAAGCCGCCAUGAUGAGGAUCAAGAAGGUGUCGGCCGACUCCGACGACGACGAUGUGGACAUGGACGCCGCAUCCAGUGGCGACUGGGAGGGCUGAGGACACGCCCACGUCCACCAGCGGAGCCUCCUAUUGGUUCUGAACUGUUGUCCACACGGUUUAUUGGAUAAAACAAGUGGGUGGGAUUUAUUCACCUCCAUCAAAAAAGGUUGAAGCUGCCAAUGGGGAGGUCCAGAUGGAGAGGUGUCAGUGAAGGCACUGCCGAACCCUCCUGGUGUCAGUACUGAACCCUGCAGGUGUCAGUGAAGGCACCACUGAACCCUGCAGGUGUCAGUGAAGGCACCGCUGAACCCUGCAGGUGGUCUGAAUCAUCCUGGUGGUCUGGACCCUCCUGGUGGUCUGAACCUUCCUGGUGGUCUGGACCCUCCUGGUGGUCUGGACCCUCCUGGUUGUCUGGACCCUCCUGAACCCCCCUGUUGGUCUGGACCCUCCUGGUGGUCUGGACCCUGGUCUGAACCUGACCUGAUCCCAGGUGGAUCCUGUUUGAAUGUACUGAACCCUUCUGUGUGUUGGACGGUCCUUCAGUAGAACCAGUUGGAGAACAGAUGGUGUAAAGCCUUAGUUCUGUUUCUAUUGGAGACAUGACAGCAUUUCUGUUUUCACUUUGUUCCAUAUUUAAAGUUGAUGAAAUUAAAGCCUUUACAAUACACAUGGAUCACAUUCACCCAGAUUUAACAGACUGAUCUGAAUGCUUUUCUAGUUUAAGUUUUUCAUUGGAUCUGAACUGAAUGAACAUCCAGGUUCAUCCAUGUGGUGGACCAGUGGGGUGUCUUAUGUCCAAAUAUGAACUGUGUUACAGAUGAAAACUGUCCACUGCUGCACUGUUUGGACGACAAACAGGACUCAGGUCUGAACCGCUGGGUUUAAGAAUAAAG